AAAAUGUCUAACUUUACCACCACUGUGACUGCAUUUCUACUCCUAGGGUUUUCUGACACCCGUGAGCUGCAGAUCUUAUAUUCUUUGCUUUUGCUUCUCAUUUACUCAGCAGGCUUGAUGGGGAAUCUCCUCAUUGUUAUCAUCACCACCUUUGACAGGAGACUCCACACCCCCAUGUACUUUUUCCUCAGGAAUCUGUCCAUUGUGGAUGCCUGCUUCAUAUCAAUAACAAUUCCACAGGCAUCUGUUAACUCCCUGGUGAACAACAGAGCUAUCUCAGUUCCUGGAUGUGCAGCUCAGAUAUUCUUGCUGAUUUUCAGAGCAUAUGUUGAGAUAACUUUGCUCACUGUCAUGGCCCGUGAUCAUUCUGUUGCCAUAUGUCAACCACUUCUCUAUCCAGUGAUCAUGAGUCCCCGAGUCUGUAUGCAGAUGACCUUAACAUGCUUGUUCACUGGCCUUUUGUAUGCAGGUUUCCAUACUGGUUACACAUUUCAAUUGUCUUUCUGCCAAUCUAAUGUGAUCCACCAGUUCUUCUGUGAUAUCCCCUCUCUACUCAAGAUCUCUUGCUCAGAGACAUUCAGGCAUACAUUAUCCUUACUUGGCUCUGUUUUGGUGAUUGGGGUUGGCUGCUUUACCUUCAUCACUGCAUCUUAUAUUAGCAUAUUUUCCUCUGUGCUCAGAUUUCCCGUGAAAGAAGACCAAAGAAAAGCCUUCUCUACUUGUGUCCCUCAUAUCGUUGUGGUUUCUUUGUUCCUUUUUUCGAUUUCUUAUGUGUACCUCAAACCACCUUCAGAUUCUGGGUCCAUUAAAGAUAUAAUCUUUUCAAUAUUCUAUUCCAUAAUUCCUCCUUUUCUAAAUCCUAUUAUAUACAGUUUACGGAAUAAGCAGAUAAAGGAGGCUUUAAGAAUAGUAAUUAAGAGACAGCUUUUUUUUUUUAAAGGAUUGAAUCAUAAACUAUAA